AUGACUGACAAACUCCCUCCGCCAUUGUUGGCGCUCUUCCAGCCCCGGCCGCCGCUACGCUACAUUCCCCCCUCAGAUCGCGCACCAGAGGACUGCGGCAAAAGCUCCAUCUCUGGCGUUGCGCAAUACCUCCCUGCGGCCAAGGAAUUCCAAGAAGAAGUACCAUACAAUGCGACUGAAUGCUGGUUGCAGCGGAAAUGGCGGGAGAAGGUCGAGAAAAAGGAGGAAGUGGCCACCAGGUUGGCUGAGAGUUUGGAACACUAUGAUCCCAAGGAAGACCCGCAAGCUCGCGGUGACCCAUUCAGAACCCUUUUUGUCGCACGCCUCAGCUACGAUGUGAAAGAAGCUGACCUGGAGCGCGAGUUCGGACGUUUUGGUCCGAUUGAACGCAUUCGAAUUGUUACGGACUCAGUGUCACCAAAAGCAUCCAAGAAACCUCAUCGCGGAUACGCGUUUAUCGUCUACGAGCGAGAGAAAGAUAUGAAAGGUAAAGCGCACCAAUGGCCCGCAUCAAACAAUUCUAUCUUUGCCCUUCACCGGCCUCAUCUAGAGUUCAAUAUUGACCCUCUGUCAUUCUCAACAGCUGCAUACAAGGAAACGGACGGCAUUCGCAUCAAAGAUCGGCGAGUUCUCGUCGACGUAGAGCGUGGGCGCACAACAAAAGGCUGGAAGCCUCGUCGUCUCGGUGGUGGACUUGGUGGCCGCGGUUACACAAAGGCUAUGCCCUCGCGCCCCAUGGGACCUGGAUUCAAUGCACCAUCUGGUCCCGGUGGGUUUGGCGGAGGUUUCCGCGGUGGCUUCGGUGGUAGGGGCUUCCGUGGCGGUGGAGGCUUCCGCGGUGGCGGUGAUCGCUUUGGUGGUCGUGGAGGAGUUGGCUAUCAGGGCGGCCGCGGUGGUUUCGGUGGGCAAGCUCCGCCUAAUGCACCUUCCGGCCCCGGCGGUGCUCGUAGCGGUGGCUUCGGAGGUGGCUUUGGUGGAGCCGGCGGCGGAGGUGGUGGUGGCAGAUUUGAUCGCGGCGUGACUGGGAGCAACCGCGAGCCUGUUCGCCCUCGAGAUGCAUACGCAGAUCGCGAUCGCCGUGAUGACCGUGACCGUGGUGAACGCGCAGACAGAGGCGAUCGAGAUGGUGGUGAUCGUUACAGAGAUCGGGAUCGUAUGUCGGAUCGCAACGGAGACCGUUAUCGUGACCGCGACCGCGAACGCGAUAGAUAUGGUGGCGGUGGAAGCCGGGAGGACUAUGGACGCAAGCGACCUCGUGAGGAUGACGGCUUUGAUGACAAUCGCUCUAGGAGACGAUACUAA